AUGCCUCUCGCACUCGACGACUUCCCCUCCUCCGCCGCCUUCGACGCGAUCCAAGCCUCUCUCUCCGCGUCACCCGCCGACCGCAAAGCAGCCAUCAAGUCCGGAAACGCCAUCUUCGGCUUCACGCUCAAGAACGCCGGCAAAGAAGAGUCAUGGCACAUUGAUCUCAAAGAGACUGGCACUGUAGGCCGCGGCUUAGCGCCCGAGGGCAAGAAGCCCGCCGUCACGCUAGUGCUGAACGAUAGCGAGUUUGCCAAGCUGGUGUCUGGCAAAGCGAAUGCGCAGAAGCUGUUCAUGAGCGGGAAACUCAAGGUCAAAGGCGACGUCAUCAAGGCAACAAAGCUAGAACCCGUGCUGAAGAAGGCUCAGGGGCCGCAGAGCAAGUUGUAG